CACUGACGGACGACUGCAUUCAUGCCACUGGAUUUUACCUCAAAUGUUUUUUUUGUCUGUUUUUUAAUCCUCAGUAUUCAGAUUGACGAAUUAUCUUAUUAUUGUUCGUAUUGUUAUUUAUUAAACUAUUUUAUAAUUUCUUUUCAUGAGCCUCGGUUUGGGUUAAACUUCCAAUCAAAAUAAUUUGAUAUUAAUACAUGAGAGAAGAAUUUUAUAGAGUAUUUGUUAUAAAGAGAUCCAGAAUGGAGAUAAAGUGGAAAUAAUGUGGACCUAUUGAGCUGUGUGAAUUGGCUUUAAACUAAAGUAAGUGUUUAAAAUGGAGCCAGAGACUAAAAAGAGAAAAGGCAUGGAGUCUGAUCCAGACUCUUGGCAUGUGCUUCCUGUCCUGUCAGAUGAAAUGUCUGAGGAUGUUAAAUUUCUGGACGCGUACGCUGCCCCGAUCACUGAUAAACGCCAAACCUCACGUCUGGUCAAAGACCUGUCUGCGGUCCACCCUUUACCAGAUCACCAGCAUAUUAAAAGAGUGAGAGCUUGCAAGGACAGGAGCAGUCCUCAUCCGUUAGAAGUGAUCGUGUGUCUUGUUAGCGACGUCCCCGUCACCACUUUCAUGACUCGACCUCAGCGUCCAUCCCUUACUGAUCUCCUGAGCUCAAAAAACUUUAACUUCCAAGGCUUGGGAGAACCCUUCUUGGUCCAAAUCCCAGCCCAAGCUCCUUUAACCAGGCCGCAGUUUGAGCGAGCAAGCCGACGCUGGCCGACGUCCUUCCACGAGGACAAACAAGUCACGCUUGGUUUGACAGGACAGCUCUUCACGUCCAGGCAGAAAACAAAAAUCCAAGAAUACAUGACAACUGCUGUGGAGGCUGCAAGAUCUGGACGUGAGGAAGGAAUGGAUGCAGUGGGUGCUGUGAUCGUCGAGCCCAAAUCAGGACGGGUUAUUGCUGUAGGUCACGACCUGACCCGAGAACAUCCUCUUCACCAUGCUGUGAUGGUGUGUAUUGACCUCGUGGCUCACGCACAAGGUGGAGGUGUGUAUCAAUACGAGAAACACCCGGCUUGCAGAUACAGUGUCCUGGACCUACAGCUCUCCACAGGGCAGCGUGACGCCUUGGCGUCUGAGGAAAGCAUCCUGCCAUACAUCUGCACUGGCUACGAGCUGUACGUCACCAGAGAGCCAUGUGUGAUGUGCGCCAUGGCUCUCGUCCACUCCAGGAUCAGUCGAGUUUUCUAUGGAGUCGCUUCUCCAGACGGCGCUUUGGGCACCAAGUACAAAAUUCACUGCCAGAAAGGGCUGAAUCACCAUUUUGAUGUUUAUAAAGGAGUCAUGCGACAGGCCUGUGAGGAACUGACUCCCUUUAAAUGACUUAUUUCUUAAUUCUGUUUUUAAGGGUUGAUUUUCUUACUGAGCUUUUUCUUCAUCUUAAAUUUAUUUGGCUGUUAAUUAAAGAUGUUCUCAUGAUUGUGGCAAUGCAUGCUUCUUUAAUACACAUUUAAUCCGGUUUGGUUGACUGGGGCCUUUCCGGGCAGAGUUUGUAUAUUUGUGUCUGUGUGGGUUUCCUCCAGCAGUCCAAAGGCAUGGUGAUUACAUCAAAUGGCUACUCUAAAUUGCCCAUAGGUGUGAAGGUGAGUGUGAUGGUUGUUCAUCUCUGUGGAGCCCUGUGAUAGAUUGGUGACCUGCUCAGGGUGAACCCCACCUCUCUCCUGAAAGCAGCUGGGAUUGGCUCCAGCUCCCAAAGAUGGAUGGAUUCAGAGGCUUAAAAUGAGGCUGCCUUUUUUUUUUUUAAUUUAAUGAAAAAAGUUAUCUCCACAAAAUGUAAAAAAUAUAAUUUGUGUUCAUGUAAAUACUUUA